AUGAGGAGAAUCCAGGACAUAUCUGAGGACACAAUGAGGAGAAUCCAGGACAUGUCUGAGGACACCAUGAGGAGGAGAAUCCAGGACAUGUCUGAGAACACCAUGAGGAGGAGAAUCCAGGACAUGUCUGAGGACACCAUGAGGAGAAUCCAGGACAUGUCUGAGGACACCAUGAGGAGGAGAAUCCAGGACAUGUCUGAGGACACCAAGAGGAGGAAAAUCCAGGACAUGUCAGAGGACACCAUGAGGAGAAUCCAGGACAUGUCUGAGGACACAAUGAGGAGAAUCCAGGACAUGUCUGAGGACACCAUGAGGAGGAGAAUCCAGGACAUGUCUGAGGACACCAUGAGGAGGAGAAUCCAGGACAUGUCUGAGGACACCAUGAGGAGGAGAAUCCAGGACAUGUCUGGGGACACCAUGAGGAGGAGAAUCCAGGACAUGUCUGAGGACACAAUGAGGAGAAUCCAGGACAUGUCUGAGGACACCAUGAGGAGGAGAAUCCAGGACAUGUCUGAGGACACCAUGAGGAGGAGAAUCCAGGACAUGUCUGGGGACACCAUGAGGAGAAUCCAGGACAUGUCUGAGGACACCAUGAGGAGGAGAAUCCAGGACAUGUCUGAGGUCAUAACACGCCAGACGUCAGAGCGCAUCAGUGAAAACGGCAAUUACACACUGCAGCUUGAUGAAUCCACAGAUGUGGCUAACCGUGCCAUUCUAAUGGGUCUAUGUCAGACACGUCUGGGAUAA